UCAUUUUUUAAAAUUUUCAGGUGGAUAUGAUAAGGAAGAGAAAGCGGCGAGAGCGUACGAUCUCGCGGCUCUCAAAUACUGGGGUGCGACCACCACCACCAAUUUUCCGGUUUCUAACUACGAGAAAGAGCUGGAAGAUAUGAAGAACAUGACUCGGCAGGAGUUUGUUGCAUCUCUCAGAAGGAAGAGUAGCGGAUUUUCUAGCGGCGCCUCUAUAUAUAGAGGAGUUACAAGACACCACCAGCACGGUCGAUGGCAGGCGCGGAUCGGGCGUGUUGCCGGCAACAAAGAUCUCUACUUAGGAACCUUCAGCACUCAAGAAGAAGCGGCAGAAGCAUACGACAUCGCAGCAAUCAAAUUCAGGGGCCUCAAUGCAGUGACCAACUUCGAUAUGAGCCGCUACGAUGUGAAGAGCAUCGUCAACAGCAACCUACCCAUCGGUGGAAUAACCACAAAAGCGAAAGCAUCGGAAUCCUCAUCGUCGGAUACCAAGAGUGUCGAAUCCAAGCUGAUUUUCGAUGAUUCCUUCGCGGCCCACUCAUCGAGCCUCAGCUUCGCUGUGCCCAUCAAACCUGACCCACAAGACUACUGGUCCCUGCUAGCAUUGCAUAAUCAAACCCAAAACAGUUCAAAGAACAACAACAACCUCUUCCAAUCAUCAGGCAAUUCAUCUGCCUUCCACAGCCUCUCAAACUUCAAUCUGGAUUUCUCCACAUCCACAGCCGUUGAUCACAGCAAUGGGGUUCUGAAUGGUGGCAUGAUCCAACAACAGACCCCAUCCACUAUCCCUUUUGCCACUCCCAUUAGUGUAACAAGCAGUUAUGAUAGUUCCAGUUAUGGUAGCUGGGCCACACCUUCUAUCCAUCCAUACCAAGCUGCAAAGCCCAAUCUAGCCGUUUAUCAUUCAUCUCCAAGAUUGCAAUUUAUUCAUGCCAUUGUUUUCCCCACCAAGAUCGAGCUAGAUGACAACUUGCUUCUUGUUGCUUCAAGUGAUGGAAAUGUUCAUAUAUGGAAAGAUUACACCUCAAAGGGUGAACAGAAGCUUGUUACAGCAUUCUCAUCGGUUCAGGGCCAUAGACCUAGUGUCCUUAGUGUGAAUGUUGUUGUCGACUGGCAGCAGCAGUCUGGAUAUUUGUAUGCUUCUGGGGAGAUAUCAUCAAUCAUGCUUUGGGAUCUAGAUAAAGAGCAGCUUGUUAGUUCCAUUUCUUCAUCGUCAGAAAGCAGCAUCUCAGCAUUGUCUGCUUCGCAAGUUCAUGGGGGUCAGUUUGCAGCUGGGUAUGCUGAUCUCUGGGCAGUUUGCAGCAUUCAAUUACAGGAUGGAAAGACGCCUCUGGACCUGAGCUUAUGCUUUGGGAGAGACUUUAAGUCUUAUGAGCUUGCGAAACUACUGAAGCUUGUACCGGCAGACAGAGAAGCUUGA